AUGAAGGUCACCAAACACAUCUACGUACCACUGGCUCUGAUUGCUACCCUCACAACAUCCUCUCUUGUCACAGGAUCUUCUCUCAGCAGACGUCCUCUGCUCGGACGAGAUGGCACGGAUAGUAGUCCUCUCCUGACUGCCAUAUCGAAUGACCCAGACCUUUCUACCUUUUACUCUCUCAUCAAGUCGACCGGCGGCACGAGCGGCAUCCCUGCUCCGUCAUUUGAGGAACGGUUCAAUAACCUCACUGAUGGACGGAAGUUUACUGCUUUUGCACCUGUCAACUCUGCUUUCAAGACUAUGAAGCCAGAAGUCCUGGCAGCUUUGACAGAACCAGCAUCAUAUGUGCUACUCGAAGCCAUCCUGAGAGCUCACAUCGCGGAAGGUGAAGUCACAACAGAAGAUGUUCUCGCGCCGGGGAAGUCUGUCAAAGCUAUAGAAGGCAUCCCGCUCACAUUUAGCAAUGCGAACAACACGGUCACAAUCAACAACCAAACCAGUCUAGCCUCUACAUCCAGGACAGUGGUCGGAAACGGAGCGAUAUUCAAGAUCAACAAAUUGAUCGAUCUAUUGGCGCUCAUUUACGGAACUGAUGUGGACGUGAAUACGCCUAUUGGAUCUACAUCCCAACCUCCGAAUGAAACGUCUGAAGGUUCAGGAACCAUUGCAUCGAUUCUGACCUCUUCACCCAACCUGUCGACAUUCACGUCUCUCCUAAACCUGACUUCUCCGGAUUUCUUCUAUUUCCUUGGCGCCACUGUCCCCGAUGGCAAGACUCUCUCCAUCUUCGCCCCGAGCAAUGGAGUAUUUGAGGCUAUAGGACUGACCGACAAGGUCGUUCAACCAAGCAACGAUCCAUUCACUUCGUACCUCCUCAAGUACCCUUUCAUUGACACAUCAACACCUGGGCAGGACAAGUCCAUUGUUAAGUUCCCUGCGACGGUUCGUAGGGACGAGGGUGGAAAUAUCACGAGCGUGAACAACGCUGCUGUGAAAGGAGAGAAGACUUGUGUAAAGAAUGCAUGCAUUUACACUGUCGAUAGAUGGCUGGACCCCAUGUUUGGAUCUUUUUAA